AUGCGUGGAUCGUCUCUCUUGUUCAAACAGAGACGAUACAAUGUGGUAGAGCUCAUCCUCGAGAGCCUUCCCGUGAAGUCUCUGCUGCGAUUCAAGUCUGUAUCCAAGAACUGGAAAUCGACAAUCGAGUCCCAACGUUACCAAGAAAGACAAUGGAUCUGUCGCAGGCAAUCACGAGGUCCAGAUGUCCUUCGCAUGUGCCUCGAUUAUUCUAGUGAUGAUGAUGAUGAUGAUUAUGGUGGUCUGGACACAGAUGCUCAAAGAGUUGUGGUGGGGCCAUCAAAAGUUUAUACGGUCAGGUUCCCUACUUCGGGAAGCAGGGUCUGCUUUGGUAGUUGUGACGGUCUAGUAUGCCUCUACACACUCUCAAUGUGCACACCGAGUGUCAGCGUCGUGGUGAAUCCCGCGACUAGAUGUCAUCGAAGUUUUCCUCUUUCAACCUAUCAACAGCUCACCCGCAAGGAGUACACUUACCCAAGUCCUGAGCUUGGAUUCGGUAAAGACAAAGUAAGGGGCACGUACAAGCCGGUUUGGUUAUAUAAUUCAUCCGAGCUUGGUCUAGACAACGUCACAACUUGUGAAGUAUUCGAUUUUAGCACCAAUGCUUGGAGGUACGUUGUCCCUGCUUCUCCUUAUCCGAUUCAUCCUUACUCAAGGCCCGUGUAUUUAGAUGGGUCACUUUAUUGGUUAACGGGGUGUAAAGAAACCAAGGUCUUAUCGUUGGAUCUUCACACCGAAACUUUCCAAGUCAUCUGUAGAACUCCCUAUUCCCAUGUGCAUUACAAUCACAUCAUCAUGUGCAUCCUCGAUAACCGCUUGUGCCUAUCCUAUAGAGAGCACUACACCCAAGAGAUAUGGUCGUUGGAUUCUUCAGGGACAUGGAAAGAAAUGUGCUCCAUAGAUCUCACCAAAACUAGACAUUGGUUCGGGGAAUGGACACCCGUACCAGUAGCAAUUCUGGAGAAGAGUAAGUUAUUACUUCGUGGUAGUACAUACGUGCAACCACUUGUGAUACAUGAUCUCCAUUCCAAAUCCUAUGAUUUACUCUUCAAACCUACCAAACACGUAGGUGCUGUUUAUUAUUUCCAAAGUUUAUUCUCUGUCUAA